CUGCCGGAGAGCAGCUGAGGGAGGGAUCAAGGCUGGUGUGUCAGGUUUCCACGCUCUGCAAGUGUGGGUGGUGCGAGCUGUGCCUGCUCCAGCCACCAAGCGAGCUGGGAGCAUGGGGCAGGUGGCUUGGAAGGCUUUAUUUCUGUCUCUUUUCGAUUAUAAAACGGAGAAAUACGUCAUUGCAAAGAACAAGAAGGUUGGGGUCCUCUACCGAGUGGUGCAGCUCUCCAUCCUGGCUUACCUGGUGGGGUGGGUGUUUGUGGUCAAGAAAGGCUACCAGGACACAGACACAUCCCUCCAGAGCUCUGUCAUCACCAAGCUGAAAGGGGUGGCCUUCACCAACACCUCGGAGCUGGGGGAGAGGCUGUGGGACGUUGCAGACUAUGUCAUCCCUCCCCAGGGUGAAAGCGUCUUCUUUGUCAUGACAAAUCUGAUUGUGACCCCAAACCAGAGACAAGCCAUGUGUCCUGAGGUAGGAAGAAUUGAGCCCCUUGACCCCCAGACCCCUGCAAAACCGGGGAGUGCCAGCAUUCCCGAUGCCCUGUGUGACAAGGACACGGACUGCUUGGAAGGGGAAGCAGUGGUGGCCGGCAAUGGGGUUAAGACUGGCCGUUGUUUGAAAGACAGGGGCAGCACCAGAGGGACUUGUGAGGUACUGGCCUGGUGCCCAGUGGAGAAAAGAUACAAGCCCAAGAAACCACUGCUGGGCAGCGCAGAAAACUUCACUGUUUACAUCAAGAACUCCAUUCGCUUCCCCAAGUUUAAGUUCUCCAAGAUGAAUGUGCUGGCAACUGACAACGAGUCCUACCUGAAGACCUGUCGGUACAGCCAGGAGCAUCCCUACUGCCCCAUCUUCGUGCUGGGGAACAUCGUCCGCUGGGCUGGGGGCAACUUCCAGGAAAUGGCCUUGGAGGGUGGUGUGAUAGGAAUUCAGAUUGAAUGGAACUGUGAUCUUGAUAAAGCCCCUUCUGAAUGUAAUCCUCACUAUUCUUUUAGCCGGCUGGAUAACAAGUCUGCAGAAACAUCCAUCUCUUCUGGGUACAACUUCAGGUUUGCCAAGUAUUACCGGGAUGCUGAGGGGGUCGACUACCGGACGCUCAUUAAAGCGUAUGGAAUCCGCUUCGAUGUGAUGGUGAAUGGCAAGGUGAGAGCCCAGGCCAGAAUGUACCAGAGCCUGGAGAGAAAGGAAGUGGGAGGAGGCAGCUGUGAGGCAGGGAAAUUUAACAUCAUUCCCACCAUUAUCAAUAUCAGCUCGGGGCUGGCACUCAUGGGAGCUGGAGCUUUCUUUUGUGACCUGGUGCUGCUGUAUUUGAUCAAGAAGAGUAACUUUUAUAGAGGCAAAAAGUAUGAGGAAGUCAAGUGCAGCUCCAGGAAGUCCUUGUCGAGCCCUACGCUGAAUGGGAAUCAGAGCCCGGACCAGCUCGGUGGGCUCUAGGCACAGCGAGGCUCUGCCAGCUGGACUCGUGCUCCAGGAAAUCCACACAGGUGUGGCAUCACACCAGCACUGGGAGGUGGACAUAGCCCAGAUCAGCCCUACCAUGAUCAGGAUUCCCAGAGGAAAAAAACCUCCUCUGAAGACUGCCUUUCCUCCCUGAGAUUUCUCUGGUAUCCUGAGCUGGCAACAGUGUGUUGUCACUAUGGAUUUAUAAAAGGAUUUUUUAUAAAAGGACAAAGGCACCAAAUGAAUGUUUUUAUAUCCACUGAUAGAUACAUCUGUACUUAUGCCAAUAGCCAGUAUUGUUUUGUGGCUGUGCUUUACUUUGGGAAGGGCUGAAGCUGAAAUCCAACCUGUUUCCUGCUCUGCUGUCUUGGCAGCUACUGCCUCCAGCUCCUGCCUGGGUGAUGUGACAUCAGGUGUGAAGCAGCAGGACUGCUCUGCUCAAGAAGUGCAGGGAAAUGUGGCACUGGAGCAGCUCUUGGAGCUGGGGAAGGGGCUGUGUUCCUGCAGGGCCUGAGGCAGGGGAGCACAGUCACUCUUAUGGGGGUUAAUGCACUGAGAAGCAACGUGGCCCUGGAAGCACCUGCACAGGUUCUGCCUCCUUGCUUCAGUGCCUGGUUUCAUUUGCUCAGGAUUGUCCUUCCUGCAUCUCUUCCUGAUUUGGUGGGCAGAUCUGGAUGGGGACUCAGUGCUUCUGUUUCUCACAGCACCCUGGGCUGUGCUGCAGACUGAAGGGGCAGCUCUGCCAGGGACACAGGCUGUGCCAGCUUCCUCCAAAUACACCAACACCAGGGAGAGUCAGAAGACAUCUGCCUGCUACUUCAACAGCAGUAACCUCCAGGAAAUACAAGUGCUUUUCUCAGCAGAAUCAGUCUCCCUGCAGCCCAUUUGGUCCAUUUAUCCGCAUGUGGGGAUAUAACUAAUCUCAGAAAAGGGCUUAAGGAAUAUCAUUGUGUUCUGUAAGUGAUGCCCCAUUACCCCUGACUGGGAGUUGUCCUAAUGAAGAGUAAAUGUUUCUGUGCACCCUUUCAAUACCAAAAGUUAAAGGGCUCCUGCUGCAGCCUCUGAGGGUGGCAUCAGGGAGCUGCUGCCAUGGAACGCACAAAUGGCACCAGCAGCUGCACCCACUUCUGCUUUAACUUCUUUAAGGUUGUUACUCUGAGGUACAGGUUCAUCCUAAAUUAAAAUGCACCUCUGUUAGCAGUGGCAAACUCUGAACCCAGUCACUGGCAGCAAACUCCACCCAGUCUAGUUCCCCCCCUCUGCUUCUGUGUUUUGAGCCAAAAAUGGGACUAGAAAAUAGAAUUAAAGCAGUGGAGUUCAUUUAGGAUAAACCAUGUAUCUCUGGUGCUCUAUCUCAUCCAAAACCUUCUCUCCAUGUCACAAGUUUUUCCUCAAGGCAAACACAAGCCACCACAUGGGGAAGUGCACAAGAGUUACCACCACAGCAGCCCAGGCUUUUGACUGUCAGGGUUUAAUUGGAGUUGAGUAAUUUCUAGAUGGUGAAACACAUGGUGCACCCCCUGCGUGACAUCAGGGCCUGGCAGAACUCCUGGUCACCAAGCAGCUCCUCCUAACGUGCAAAGCUGACUGUGCUCUGCUGAAACCAUUGUUUUAACUUGCCAAAACAUCCUCUUGUGAGGACCAAAGCUAUUUCCUGAAUCUAAAUCUUCAGGCCUCCCAGAUCCCCUAGAAUGUUUCCUUUCUUUAGACUGUAAUGCAACUCCUACAACCCCUGCUGUUAAUAAAACAUAACCAGAUUCCUUCUCAGGAGUUUCUUGACUUUGACGUUUUUUUUUUUGCUCCUUGUGUUUCAUGUUCAGCAAUAAAAUGUGUCACUUCAGGCCAACGCUC